GUAACAGUGAAGCAGAGAACAGCAAUUCAUGGUGACCUGUGUUUCCCUGAUUCAUGCAAGCCUGCUUAAGAAGCCGAUUCAGUACUAGCUUGUGAGGAGACCCAUUGUUUGUUCUGUGUUGUGUGCUUACACACAACAUGAUUGUAAGGACCAAGCAUACUGGAUUCAGGUGCACAGGCUGGAACAUGGAGAUGGAGGUAUUCUUGAUCUGGAUGAUGUGCUGUGCGACGUAGCGGACGAUAAAGACCGGACGCUGUGUGUCAACUUAUCUGUGUGGUCUGGGUCUUCCUUUGGGUUCAGUCAUCAGAAGUGGCCCAUCGUGCAUUGAUGAUUCUAUCAUCCUUUUCCAUGAGCUUUGAGGGGCUAGAGCGCAAGUUAUAUCCUUUUAGUAAAGUUUCAACACAGUUGUGUACCUCAGAACAUGCUAUUUACAUGUAGUUUAUUUAAACUAAAUAACAGAGGUGGCCUUCUGCCAACACAAUGAAACCAAUGCCAACCAAAUGCAUGUCUUUUUGCCACUACUCACCAAGCAUUGUAUUUGUUUAAGAGUUAUUUUCCCUACACAUCAUUACCAAUGUCAAGUCCCCCCCCUAGAUCACUGCCUGGAACAUAUCACAUGCGCAGCCAAAGCCUGUGCCUUUUGCCAGCUGUGUCGCAACUUCAUCUUAUGGCCCAGGAGUAGUGGGUCAGUGCAUGGCUGGUGGCGGUGUACGAGGAGCAGGAUCCUCACCACGGUGGCGACGGUACAAGUGCCAGCUCCACAGGCACUCAGAGCCCUGACCUGUUUGCGGCCAGCGGUGGAGGUGGCGGCGGAGCGGAGCUCAAUUCUAGCACCAUGUCGGCCUUCCAGCCCUAUCAGGCAGCCAGCGAGAUCGAGGUCACGCCCUCGGCUCUCAGAAGCAACAUGCCCUUGCACGUGCGCCGUAGCAGUGACCCCGCGCUGGCUGCCCUCACUGAAGCCCAGCUGAUACCAGAAGAGCCGUCCAGGAAGAACCCGACGCGCUGGUCCACCACAGCCGGCUUCCUUAAGCCCAGUGCCCACAACACCAUCAGUGGAACCGGCACCAACAGCUUGGAGAGAAAGGGAAAAGGGUUGAACUCCUACCGGAGCCUUCCUCGCGAUGCUGCUGCAUGGGCCACCCAGUUCCAGAGGGAGAAUGCCCGCUCAUCGCUCAGUGCCAACCACCCAAUGGUCGACCGCUGGCUGGAGCGCCAGGAACAGGAAGAGGAGGAAGAAGAGAGAAGAGGGGAGGAGCGGAAUGGCAGAAUUGAGCCAGUUGGACGAGCAGACUCCUGUGUGGAACACCCUCCUGCCUCGUUAGAUGAUAUGCUAGAGCUGAUAGAGGUGUCUAAUGCCGGAGGACCGUUGGGAAUCCACGUAGUGCCAUUCAGUGCCAGAGACCGAAGGACUCUGGGCCUGCUCGUCAAACGGCUGGAGAGUGGAGGGAAGGCGGAGCAGGAGGGCCUGUUCCGCGAGAAUGACUGCAUCGUGCGGAUUAAUCACGGGGAUCUGCGCAACAUCCGAUUCGAACAAGCACAGAACAUGUUCAGACAAGCCAUGCGCACUCCUCUUAUCCUGUUCCACGUGGUGCCUGCCUCAAAGAAAGCCCAGUAUGAGCAGCUGUCCCAGAGUGAGCUGGGUCAUCAGGACUCCGGCCACUUCAGCCCGGACCUCUCUCAGAACUCUGGGGACCGCAACAACGUUGCGGUGGGAAGAAACGGUGGUGCGGGCAUUGAAUUCACCCCACAACGGAUGUCGAGGAGUGGACCCCACCCCAACGUGAACCCACAGGCCAGUCUAGGCCAUCCGGAGAGGGCAGAUGUCUACCCUCCGGCACCUCUCAGCCCUGUGCUGAAUACUCCAACUAAGACGGCCACCCUCGGGCCGAGCCAGACCCCGAGACCUGUCAGUGCCACUCCCUCCGCCAGCUACUCCAAAAAGAUUGGGCGCAGACUCAACGUGCAGCUCAGAAAAGGUCCUGAGGGCCUGGGUUUCAGCAUCACAUCCCGAGAUGUCCCAAUUGGUGGCUCUGCCCCCAUCUAUGUUAAGAACAUUCUACCGCGUGGGGCUGCCAUUCAAGAUGGCCGCUUGAAGGCCGGAGACUGCUUACAGGAGGUGAAUGGGGUGGACCUGAAUGGGAAGACUCAGGAGGAAGUUGUUGCUCUGUUGCGCUCAACCCCGAUGGGUGGCACGGUCAGCCUGCUCAUUCACCGCCAAGAGGAUGCAUUUCUGCCCCGAGAAGUGAAGCCAGAGGAGGAUGACCUAGUGUUGACCCCAGAUGGUACACGGGAGUUCCUGACGUUUGACAUUCCUCUAAAUGACUCGGGAUCUGCAGGGUUAGGUGUCAGUGUCAAGGGCAAUCGUUCUAAAGAGAACCAUGCAGACCUGGGCAUCUUUGUCAAGUCUAUAAUCAACGGUGGAGCAGCUUGCAAGGAUGGACGCCUGCAUGUCAAUGACCAGUUGAUUGCUGUCAAUGGAGAGUCCUUGCUGGGCAAGACCAACCAGGAAGCCAUGGAAACACUACGGACAUCCAUGUCCAUUGAGAGUAACAAACGUGGAAUGAUCCAGCUCAUUGUCGCCAGGAGAGUCACUGAAAGAGACGAGGAGCUGCCAUCUGGUGCCUCAGUUCCAGACCUGUCGGCAUCACCACAAGACGACCACGAGAGACGGAUUUCUCAUUCCAUGUACCCUAGCCUGGAUGACCUGGACGAUGACCUCUCUCCCAGGUCCAGCAUGAUGGGCAGGAUGAUGGGUAACUACCAGCUAUCCCCCACUGUCAACAUGCCCCAGGAUGAUACAGUAAUCAUAGAAGAUGAUAGGCCACCUGUCCUGCCCGCCCGCCUGUCUGACCAAUCAUCUUCCAGCUCCCACGAUGAUAUGGGUUUCGCUUUGGAACCACCACCACCCUGGGUGCAAGACAUCCCAAUACUGAAUGAAAGUUCUCUCAGUCCUGACGCAGACCCUGACCUCCACUUCCAGCGGGAGGGUUUUGGCCGCCAGAGCAUGUCUGAGAAGCGUACCAAACAGUUUGGGGAUGCUGCUGCCCAACUAGAAAUCAUCAAGACUCGCAAGUCGAAGAGUAUGGACCUGGUAGCUGACGAGAUUAACCCCAAUUCCUGCACUGAGAGACUGGAAGGAUCCCCAACUCGAGAUGUUGGCCCAUCUCUUGGUCUGAAGAAGUCCAGCUCCCUUGAAAGCCUCCAGACUGCAGUUGCUGAGGUCACCCUCAAUGGAGACAUCCCCUUUCACAGGCCACGCCCACGGAUAAUAAGGGGGAGGGGCUGUAACGAGAGCUUCCGUGCCGCCAUUGACAAAUCAUAUGAUCGUCCAGGCAUGACCACCACUGCUUCAGAGGAAUAUGACGAAGGCAUGGAAACCUUGGAGGAAGACACAGAGGAGAGUUCCCGUUCUGGCCGGGACUCUGUCUCCACGGCAACUGACCUCACCAUUGCACCUGGCUUUGGCACAGUUAACCCAGACUCUCGGCAGGUCAAUGGAAGCCGUCCGAAAGAAGACAAGAAGAAAGAAAAAAGUGUUAAAGAGAAGAAGAAGCCAGACCGAGACAAGGAGAAGGACAAGAACAAAGCCAAGAAAGGGAUGCUGAAGGGCUUGGGAGAUAUGUUCAGGUUUGGCAAGCACAGAAAAGAUGAGAAGCCUGGAGACAAGAUGGAACGCAAGGGGUCUAGUAAGUCCAAGAUGGAGGACACACAGGUCUCGGAGGAGGAGACUCUGCGAAUGCGGCUAGAGCAGGAAAGGAUCCAAGCGAAAACCAGGGAGCUACGUGAGCGUCAGGCCAGAGAAAGGGACUACGCUGAGAUCCAGGACAUCAACCGAACCCUAAGUUCUGAUGAGGAGCAUCCCUAUGCAGGCAUUGGCUCCUUUGACUCCUCCAUGGACAGCGGCCACUAUCAGCGUCCCCAGAGCCCGCAUCAGGACGACUCGCAGCCAGUCGAAGCAGUCUACGCCCAAAUCAACAAGCCCCGCAAUGGCCGGCCUCAGUCUGUCAACAGCAACCGGCUGGCGCCUAGCAACCACGAGCGGAUACAGCGGCUGCGCCACGAGUUCCAGCAGGCCAAGCAUGAGGACGAUCCAGAUGACCGCAGGCGCACGUACAGCUUCGAGCAGCAGCCCUGGGCUAACACAGGUUCCUACACGCAGACUGGGCGGCACUCGGUGUCUGUGGAGAUGCAGAUGCAAAGGCAGAGGCAGGACGACAGUAGAGACACCUUCCAGCAAACCCAAAGACAGUACAACUCCCUACCACGGCAUCCUCGUAAGAAUCCUAGCACCGUCUCUCAGGAUUCCUGGGAUCGCGUGUACCCGCCAGGAGAAGGCUUCCAGACGGCCAAGGAGAACCCGCGCUACUCCAGCUACCAGGGCUCUCGCAACGGCUACCUGGGCUCGUCGGGGGGAGGAGGUUUCAACGCGCGCGUGCUUCUGGAGACCCAGGAGCUGCUGCGCCAGGAGCAACGCCGCAAGGAGCAGGAGGCCAAGGCCAAGCUAGAGAGCAGCACGAGCGCCAGCGCCACCCCCAACAGCUACGGAGAGCCCCAGGGGGACGCCUCGCACCCCCACCCCCACCCCUACCCCCACCCCCACUCCCAGUCCCCCUCCCCCUCCCCAGGCCCCCUCACCCCCACCAAAGGGCCCUACCGGCAGGACGUGCCGCCCUCCCCCUCUCAGUUGGCCCGGCUCAACCGGCUCCAGUCUGUGCAGGAGAAAGCGCGGCCAUUUUACUCCUGAGGAGAGAAAGGGAGAGCAGGUUGAGAGCACGUAGAAGAGGAGGAAAGGACUCGCAGAAACCGCAGCAAUAAUGACAUUUGGAAUGAGAACAAGCUUGUGGAGCUAGUGAGCUUCAAAAUUGUGAGAAACAAAAAGCAAUUUUUAUGGGAUAACUGUUUUGUUUUUGUUUAUUCGUUUGUUUAUUUGUUUUUUUUAUUAUCUGGUUGUGUUUAAUUCUGCAUCUUCCACUUGUCUGUGAAUUUGUUGUUUUGGGGACUUUGCUUUGUGAAGCUAUUGUUUUGAUACUUUGGUUAACACUACAUCUACCCCCUUCUUCCAUAAUCUGUGCCUUGAUAUGUAUGACUGUAUGCAUGCAUCUAUGUGUGAUGAGGCCACAUGUAAUGUAAUGUAGAAUGCUCUGAAUUUAGAAAGCUGCAGCUUUUUACCCUGACAAUCGGAAUGAUCUUCUAGACGUUCCCUCCAAGGCCUUCCUCUGCAUUUGGACACUCGCACAAGCUUUCCCAUUUCAAGUCCAGCUCAUGAGAGACAUUCAGGAGGUACUGUUCUGUUCUUUAGUGUGCAUGUGGCACGUAAGGACGGGGUGUUAUGUGCGUAGUGUAUGUUUCUGCACCUCUAAACCGUACCCCAACAGGAGACACGGCAGAUAUUAUCACAUUAACCAUGUGUACUACGCAUUGUGUGUGUGUGUGUGUGUGUGUGUCUGUGUGUGUGUCUCUGUGUGUGUGUGUGUGUGUGUCUCUGUGUGUGUCUGUGUGUGUGUGUCUCUGUGUGUGUGUCUGUGUCUCUGUGUCUGAGGGUAUGCACACGCGCCUGCUGUGUUAACUAGCAUGGCUGAACAGUGGGGGAGCCCUUUGGCUGAGGGUCAUGGACGUAAGCCUCCUAGGAAAUCCUCUCAAUCUCAGUCACGCUCUUCACUUUGAUUCAUGGUCAUUGGCUCUUCCCUCUGUGUCUGUUUUCUGUCCCUUCUCCCCACUGUUGUCUGUUCUCCUCUCUGGUCUUCAGACGAAGGUGAUUCCUUAGAUCCUCUUACACCCUGAGUGGCCCCUAUCCUGGGAAUUCAUUUUGUAUAAACAAGGUCAGGGAUGUGUUAUUAAUUAAUGUUACUCAUGAAAAAUUCAUUCAUGUUCACUUGGUUGGGGGUGUGAAAUGUUAGCUUUUGUGUUGUGUAUCGAAUGGCUGUGUGUCACCAUUGCUUUCUGAUGUGUGCACGUAUGUAUCUGAGUGCAAACGUUUGUGUGUGUCUGUGUGCAAAUGUUUGAUUUCUUUGGCCCUCAUCUUGACUUUUGGAUGAGGUUAACGGUACCUUUGGCACAGUCUCCCUGUUAGGGUUGACACUUUUCCAUGCUCAUUGUUUCAUGGUACAGGUUAAUGGGACCCUUCCCACACCGCUGACAUGUAUUAAAUUGCUCGACACAGAGGUGCUCAUGUUUCCACAAUGUAGCCUGAGCCUCAGACCCAGCAAUGCCUAUCGAAACCUUGUUAAACCUACUGCCAUACCAUGACAAAUUAAGACUUUUGAGUCGAAACGUUUUAACUUUAAUUUGAAUCUACAUUGGACAGGCAUUGUGGGUUUAUGUAUUGUAGGUACAUAUUUGAGUGAGUGUGCUUGGUCUGUGUCUGGGUGUGUACGUGUGUGUGAAUGGGCAGGGCGGUACCUGCCAUACGAUGUUGCUGUGCGUAUGCACAACCACACAGAGAUCAAUAGUUAUCAAUAGUUCAUUUUACCUAGUCACUCUAUGUGUAGAUGGUUUAGAGCAACUGACUUCUCUCUACACCCCCCCCCCCCCCCUUAUUUUUCGACCGUUUAAGCUUUAAAUGCUGCCCGUCGAGUUGAUAUUGUACAUAAGCAUGACUGUAAGGAUGCUACAUAUAUGGGACAUCUGAAGCACUGCUUUUGCCAUCUAAAGUCAGAAGCCAUCUAAAAUGAAACAGAAACAGGCACAAAUGGCAGACACUUGCCAACGUUAGGUUUGUAGGUUAUGAGGUGUUGUUUCCUUCUGAGGUGUGUGUGUUUGUGUUUGUGUGCGUGUGCGUGUGCGUGUGUGUGUGUGUGUGUGUGUGUUUGUGUGCGUGUGUGUGUGUGUGUGUGUUUGUGUAUGUGUGUGUGUGUGUUUGUGUGUUUGUUGAUGGUAUGGGAGCACAAAUCCAGCAGCUGUUUUUGGUACUUGUACCCUUUUCAUAUUUCAUAUGGGGUGUUAUAUUUUAGCCCUGGAUGUAGUUCAAGUGCCUUUAAGGGAGAGAUUUUUUAUCAUGUUAUCAUGUCAUCUAAUGCACAUUGUUUUUAUCUACAUGCCAUAAUUGUUUUUUUGUGGGUACGACAAAUUGUUCUUUUGUGUUUUUUUUAUUUCCACAAUGCUUUUUAUUGUAAUCAAUUGAAAAAGAAAUGUAUAUGUAAUUAUGAUCAUAAUAAUAUUAAUAGCGAAGGUGGUAAUCCUCUUCACAUUGUAUUUUAAGGUAUUUUUCAUAGUCUUUUUUUUAUCAAUUAGUUACUACGGUGACCUGAGAGAACUCUUGUCUGCACAGUGCAAUUGGUUUUUUACAACUUUUACUUGGUGUAUUAAAAGUGUAAACAGCAUCUUUCUGUGUACAUAUCAAAUCAAGAAUAAAAAGGAAGGCUGUUUCUUUACAAGUUUACAAUGAA